AUGCUGAAAGCCAUUUGGUCCUGCGUCAACGGUUCUGAGGGUUCGGGUUCGGGUUCGCACUUCGCGGGGACGACAUCGACUCACGAAGGCUACUAUCCACCCCCCGAAAGCAAGGCAGACAUGAUGGCGGAUGAUAUAUUCAACGCGGUCCAGAGUGCCAAACAGGUGGGAGACCAACUACGGGGACAAGUUGAGAAGAUUGCCCCGGCUAGCUAUUGGACGGACCGACUGGCGCAGUUGGUGCUCGCUCGCCUGGAAGAAGGGGUGAGGAAGGUGGUGCUGGAAGGGGUGCAGAUCGGAGGCGCUCUCAAGGAGGCGUUCGACAAAGCCGUGGUCGCUGCCGUCGGGUUUGCUCGUGACCAUCCCGCCUAUUGCACCUUGAUCGCUCUUGGAAUCCUAGCGGUCCUGUUCCCAUACAUGCUUGAACUUCUUGGGUUUGCGGAACUCGGCCCGGUCGAAGGGAGCUUUGCAGCCUCGUGGCAGUCGAGGUAUCUGGGAUAUGUGCCUAAGAACUCCCUUUUCUCCUAUUUCCAACGACUGGGAAUGAUUUGGAAACAUUCGGUGGGAUUGGAGUCACUAGUCGUUUAUGGAUCAGCUGGUACCAUGUCCAAACUUUGA